AUGAAAAUAAAAGUAAGGACACUGCAAAAUACCGAAGAAGAAAUAAACGUAGAUAAUAAUGAUACUGUUUCUGAUUUAAAGAAAAAAAUUGAAAAUGUCUUUCCUGAAAUGUCUUGUGAUAAACAAAAAUUAAUAUUCAGUGGUAAUAUAUUAAUAGAUGAAAACAAAGUAGUUGAUAUAUUAAAAGAAAAUGAUAUAGUUAUAGUUAUGGUAACUAGAAAAAUAAUUACAAGUAAAAAAAAUAAUUCAACAAAAAAUACAAAUGAAAUAACUUCAUCAGAUUCGUUAAAAAAUAAUGAAGAAAAAAAUAAUGAUAAAACAAAAAAUACAGAUACAGAAAAUAAAGAAAGUGAAAAUAUCAACAACCCUGAAUCUAUAUUAUUAACUGGUGAUAAAUUAAAAGAAGCUAUAGACAAUAUUUGUGCUAUGGGAUUUGAAAAAGAAUUAGUAGAAAAGGCAAUGGUAUUAGCAUAUAAUAAUCCUAAUGUAGCUAUUGAUUAUUUAACUAAUGGCUUUCAAGAUAUUAUUGAUGAUGAUCAUAAUAUAUCUGAUAUAAAAGAUCCAUCUGAAAAUCCAAAUGAACGUGAUGAAAAUUAUUCAAAUUUAUCAAACCUUUUAAUGAAUUAUAAUUUACUAGAUGAAAAUGAAAGACAAGAUAUUUCAGAAAAUUCUGAAGCUAUUAGAAAUUCUCCCUUCUUUAAUAUUAUUAGAGAUGCUGCAUUAUCAAAUCCACAGAGGAUUCCUGAAAUUUUAGAAAUGAUUGGAAGAUCAGAUCCAUCUCUUUUAGAAUAUAUUCGAGAAAAUCAAAAUGAAUUUUUAAGUGCUCUUCAAAAUUAUGAUACUGAUAAUAAUGCAGAAAAUGAUCUUAUACCAAAUUAUGAAUAUUCUGAUGAAACAAAUCAAAAUACUGAUAAUUUUAAUAUUCCUAUUACAUCAUUAAAUGAAAGUGAAAUGGAAAGUGUUCGCAAAUUAGAGUCACUUGGUUUUCCCAAGCAUGUAGCUUUAGAAGCUUUUAUUGCUUGUGAUAAAAAUGAAGAAAUGGCUGCAAAUUAUUUGUUUGAAAAUAUGAACGAUUAUACAUCAGAGUAA